CCCUCCGCCCGCCGCCCACCGCCCGCCGCCCGCCGCCCGCCGCCUCUCCCUUCUCCUCCCGUCGCGGCCUCGCUGCUGCCGACGACGAAGGUCCCAGACCGCGCCCCAUCCCCGUCGGGUGUGCCUCGUGGUCUUCUCCAUCGAGACAGCAAGCCGCCUCUCUCCCAAUCCCCGCACGCGGCUGUCUCCCCAAUCCCCUCCCUCAUUCGUGCUCCCAAUACCAGCCCACAGCUCUCCUCACCAAUCUAUUGCCGCUCCAUGGCCCUGACUCGACGGGCGCGGUGCUGCACGGCGCGAGAGCCUUCGUCUUGCCGCCAGCGCUUACGGUUUGCCCCGCGGCGGCUCGAUUGAAGGCGCGGGUUGGCGGGUCUGCGAGGGAGAUGGACCGGGGAAGAAGGCGUUGGGGCUGUGGUGGGCGGCUAGCGGCGAGGACGGGGUCUGCCAGCGAGCUGCGAGGCGGUGGCGGUGUCUGGGAAGGCGACAACGACGGCACCUCCGGCAGCUGACCUGCACCCAGCGCCCGAGGCCGGCUCCUUCAUCCCCACCAGCCAGGCCACCUCGCCGGUACCGCCGCCCCCACCUUUGUAGGCGACCUCGUCGGCACAUCCGUCCUCACUGGUCAACGCUGGAUCAGUUGCGGGGCAUGUGAUUGGUAGGCUACCUAGGGAUUGUUCUGUGAGAAUCAAUCAGCCUCGAUGGAUAAUUCUCGCAACAAACUAUGGCAAGGUAAUUUUCUCAUGGAAUUGAAAAUGAAGAUCUUAUAUAAAAAGCCUCGAUGGAGAACAUUGUGCAUCGUUUCACUAAGGAUUCAAAACUAAUGAUUAAGAGCCCAGAGGUUCAUGUGUUUAUUUUUCCAGCUCCACUGAUUUCAUAUGUAGCACGCUAUAACAUGGUGAAGGAACACUAUCAGUUACAGAAGAAAGGAAGAAUGCUGAACAUGAUGUUUCAGAUUCGAGAAAAUGAUAAGAGGAAGAAUUCAAUGGAAGAGUUUGUGAUGGACAUGAUGCAAGUGGAGCCGUGGCCAGAUGGUUUAUCCAGCAAUGGAGGGAUUGUACCCUACAAAAUUUGUCUCUUGGGGUUCGCCAACGGGAUCCCUGUGUCCAGCCUGAGCCAGAGUUCAGCCACCGAUGUCGGAGCUUGUGCAGUAGCUGGCCUGUCGUGUAGAGAUCAGGCGUGAGGCCGGUGCUUGGUGGCGGCAGCGAUUAUCUCUGGCAAGAGGAUUCCAGUAGCUAUUUUUUCUAGGAGAAGAAGUCCAUUUCCUACAAACAUUUUCAGUCUGAGGAGAGCUUUCCCAUUCUGGACAAAGUAUGUUGAGUUCUGUCUGGGAGCAGAGAACUAUGGUUAUCAUCAUUGUCGGAGGCAAAAUCCAGAGCAGUUUUAUUUCUACUUUGAGGUGUUGUGGUUUCAUAGUUUUGAAGGACAUGGCUUACAGAUUUUAUAUGCUUAAAUAGCAAAG